AUGACGCGGAUGACAAUUGACAGUCUUCGACGCCAGACCACUACCAAGGUUUUGAAUAUUCUGGACCGCGAUCAUGAUGGUGCUUUGGAAGGGAACUCUCUGCCGAACUCGACUUUGUUUCGCGGACCUUUUGGUGUCUUGGAUUUCAAGUUCGAUAGCGCACUCCCACACGACCAGCGGAAAACGGGUAUACAGCAAGCCAUGCCUCCAGAGCACGAGCCAGUUGCUCUAUGGCCAAUUUCAAAUGUAUCUACUACUGCUCCAGCUAAUCAUGAUACUCAAAAACCGGGCUCCAUCAACACAGAUCCCAGCGGCCAUCCACUCAGCCCGACUUUCUCACUAAAUGAAGGUGUUGUUACUAAUGAUGGAGUUUCUGAAUCUCCCCUAGAGAUUCCACUCAACACUCCUGCCACAAUAUCGCCUUCCGUUGAAUUGGGUCUCUGCACGAUUCCCGUUUCUCCUCUUUCGUCCACCAACUCUCCCUCCGUUCCAGACCGAGCCCCAGAGCUUUUGCGAUAUUUCAAAGGGAACAUAUCGUUGCUAUCGUUUCCCCUCACGGGCAGUCCAAAAUGCCCCUGGCAGACUGUUUACCUCCCCAGUGCUGAAAAGACAUAUGCGGAACUUCUUCUCUAUCAGACUGCCAGCCAUGCAAGCUUGUCUCUUUUCUACUCCCUCCUUGCGGCCAGCUGCCUUCAUCUCUCCUCCGGAGGCGAAUUGUUCGUUGAUUCGAAUAAAGAUGGAAAGACAUACAAGCAGAUCGCGAGGUAUGAACUCGAGUGUGCAAUUAAACAAGAGAUAAUUGGCUCGGAGCGGAUAAAAUAUAAGGAAAUUCUCAUGGCUUUGUUGUCGAUGAUCAUUCUAGAGAUACGUUACGGUAAAUACAAUGACGCCCAAAACCUCUUGGUUGAGGUCGAGUGUCUGAUUCGAAAGAGAGGUUUACAAAAGCCACACAAAUCAUCCAAAGUCCGUGCUCUUCACCAAAUCUACACAUAUCUGCGCAUCAUGGCAGAGAGCACAUGUGGUUGCGCUCUUCUGAACAUCUGUCCAUCACGGCCUAGUUCCAGUUUGGUCUCUGCGACCUCUUCUUUCCACUCUCUGCGAAGCUUCCGCGUGGCGGACCAUACCACGGAGGAUGAUUUAGAUAUGAAUAUGGAAAAGAGCCAUGAUAUUGGGCACAAUGAUAUUCACUUGGAAGUGAUGGGAACUUGGAAGGAAUCACUCUUCCCAGAACUGUACGGAGUGCCUGAGUCCUUGAUGGGACUCCUCUCGCAGACCAUUCGACUGGCAAACGAACAGGAGCUGCUGCAUCUUGACACGGUUGUCGAUGUUGAUAUAUUUCUGAAUCUGAACCGACGAUCGAAGAUUUUGGAGCACCAUAUCCUCUCCUGGAAACCAUCUCAGUGUCAUUCAUACUCAAGUGAAGCUGAUCCGCCAAACGAGAAUUACGAACACGACAAUUUCGGAGCCACUUACUACACCACCCUGGCUAUACACCAAGCUCUCAUCCUUUUUUACUACCGACGUGUUCACAAUACCAACGCAUUGAUUCUCCAAGACACAGUUCGAAAGGUCCUCGGUUUCAUAAACAAGAGCGAUGAGUCCACUAUAGAACAUGGACCUCAUGGCUUAUCUUCGCUCUGGCCCUGCUUUAUUGCAGCGUGCGAAGCACUUGACCCUAAACUGCAAAGUAGCCUACUUGAAUGGCUACUCACCACUGGGCGUCGCACUUGUAUCCCGACCUUUUCCGCUGCUGCUAUCCUUGUUCAAAAAGUUUGGAAAAUGCGAAAAGAUAACGAGAGAUAUACUUUCAGCUGGUUUGAUAUUGUUAAUGAAGAUCAAUGUCCAAUCAUUGCAGUUUGA